AUGCCUGGUUAUUUUGUCUCGUACUUCAUUCUGGUCAUCUCCCUAUUUCCAUCGGCUUUUGCACAGAACUUUGCAACACUUGUGGUCACCAGAUUUUUCGGCGGCGGUGCAUCCUCGGUCUCAAUUAAUAUUGUUGGUGGCAGUAUCAGCGACGUCUGGUACGGCAACAAGGCCCGCAGUCUUCCAAUGUCACUUUUUGGGUUCACCAGCGUAGUCGGGAUUGCUCUAGGUCCCUUUAUUGGAGGUGCGAUUCAACAGAUACAUAAAAAGGACCCAUGGAGAUGGAUCUUCUACAUCCAAAUCAUUUAUAAUGCCGCCUUGAUACCUGUUUUCUAUCUCAUUCUUCGUGAAACGAGGGGAGACGUUAUUCUCAAAAAACGAGCCAAAAAGCUCCGGCAUGAAACCGGUCGUCCGAUUUAUGCAGAAGCUGAGCUAAACACCACGAGCGUGUGGAAGCUUCUGCAAGUGUCAUUCGAGCGUCCCACUAGAAUGCUUCUCACUGAACCUGUCGUCAUAUUCUUCACAUUGUGGGUCAGCUUUGCAUGGGGCAUUCUCUUUCUGUUCUUCUCCAGUGUAGGUCAGACAUUCAGCAAUAACUAUGGCUGGGGAACUUUCACCACAGGUCUUGUUCAGCUAGCUAUCUCUGUUGGCGCGGUGAUUGGCACUGUCAUCAACCCUUUGCAAGAUUGGAUUUACUUGCGCACUGCCCACACAAAUCGGGAAAACCCCGGUCAACCAAUUCCCGAGGCACGUCUGUAUACAUCUAUACCUGGAAGUCUUCUCUUCGCGGGCGGCUUAUUUUGGUACGGUUGGGGUAGCGUCGGGAACGGAUCCAUCCAGUGGAUCGUGCCCACGCUCGGUAUCGGCUGCACCGGUGUGGGGAUUUACUCCAUCUACAUGGCCGUGGUCAACUAUUUAACAGAUGCUUACGAGAAAUAUGCGGCCUCAGCCUUAUCCGCUGCCUCACUGGGACGAAACACAUUUGGUGCAUUUCUGCCACUUGCUUCAUAUCAGCUUUUUGAUACCCUGGGCUACGGAUGGGCUGGUUCAUUGCUUGGAUUUGUUGGAGUUGCACUGUCAGUUGUUCCAGUAGUUCUUGUUCUCAAGGGGCCGGAAAUUCGCCGCCGAAGCCCCUUUAUGCGGGAGUCGAUGUUUGAGACCCAUGAUGAAACGAUUGAACGACAGUACUCAGAAAAAACAGAGGUGUAG